AUGCCGAUGGCUCAAGCAGAACCUACGGAUGUUGCCGAUUUUGUUGCUUGGACGAGAAAGGUGCUAGUCGAAUUAGGCAAUGUCAAAACUGCACAGUUCGAUACCCACGCCGUCGAUCGCGGCGGGGAGACCUGGCGCAAUGUCCAAUUAGAUGAGAACUUGACCGAGGACGAUUUCUACUCGGGCCCCCUUCGUGGCAUAUUCUCCAACCUCCGCCGCGCCGAUAUCCUGAGGGACGUGCAGGUCCUCUCCCUCGACGGCCUUUCCGUCACCGCCGAACUAGUCCAUGACAUUCUCAACGACCCCUCUUUCUCUGUUCGUAUUUUGUCGAUCCGCGGCGUCAAACACCUAAACGAGCGGCAGCUCCGUGGCGCGUUGCAAUAUGCCUGCCGCCAAUCGAGGCCCGAAGGGAUGCCACGGGUGAAAGGACUGUACAUCUUUGGACCGCCAGAUACAACACCGACGUUGACGCACCGGGAGGAAAAGCGCGGCUCCGCUCCGACCACCACAGCGGCAACGGCCGCUGUUUGGAACGCAAAGAGUCAGGAAGCGUUGACUGUCUCCCUUGCCGAAGAGCCAGAGGCAUGGUAUGCCCGCCGGGGUGGCCAGUUUCCGGGCCGUAUCCACGCUGACUGGGCGCACACGCUCAAUGCCUGUGCCGGCAUCAUCUCAUUCGACUCUGUCCUAUGUACCGGCCCACGACACUUCAACUCUCCCGGCUGGGGAACCGUCAACAUUGAGGCUCUCGAUAGUGCCCCUUCCACAGGGGCACCAAGCAUUCCUCACUUUGCUGUUGCAACCCAUAGCCUGAGCGGGUGUGCGUCAUGUGGCUCGGCACCAGAGGGCUGGACUGUGUGGGGGCAAGAACUGCUUACCUCCCAGCGCGAUGCUGACGGGAGGCGGACGAGUGAGAGCUGCAUGGCCGACCUGGCCCGGUUCCCCUUGCUGGCUCCUCCACCGAUGCACUCGGCAAGCCUCCAGGUUGCCAUGUGCCCGGCUGGCCAGACUGUGAGGUCGCGCCUGCCGUUCAUACCGACCGGGAAGCAACAGGCGGCGCGUUUUAUUCCACGAUGUUUCGACUGCAUCCGAGACCGCUACUGUGGAGGGUGCCACAAAUGGUGGUGUGAGUCGUGCUACAUUGGACCCCGGGCGUCGUCCCCCGGAGAGCAUGCAAGAACACAUUCCGGGCCUAACUCUGUUCAUGUGUCCAAGAGCUGCUGGGAGUGUGGCAUGAACUGCAAAGAGUGCAUCGACCGCACUCAACGCACAUGCAAGAGGUGCAGCGGCGGCUACUGCCUAAUCCACAACGAAGGCUCAAACAUGGUCGCGGGUGCGCAGGAAGAAGCAGGGGCUAUAUCCGGGACUUCUACUGAGCAAACCGCGCGAUUCACGGCCGCGGCGCUCAUAUCGUUUCCGACCGCCCAAGCAACCUCCUUCCUCCCUUAUCAACACAGGCUUCCAGACUCCCCGCACAUUGGUCCACCCCUUUGCGAGUCUCCAAGUUCAACUCUUUGGACAACCUCUCGCUAA